AUGUCUGACGUGCUAGACUCUUCAUUGCCCGUCUUUGGCCCACGAAGAGCCGCUCGACCUCAUCCGCUCGGCAAGGAGAUAUGUUUGCGCAUUCACCUUGAUGGGUGCAAAGGUCUACCUCAACCAGAGACUCCAUUCGAGAGUUCUGGGCCUCGAGAGUUCUGUGUCAAGAUUUGGUAUAUCGCGAGCCGGGAUUAUGGGAACUUCGUGGACUCUUCGCGCGUUCAUGAGGGCACAGGGUGCCUCCAAGGCACGGUACAAUGGGAUGAGACUCUGUACAUUACCUGUUGUGAGCACAGUUUUGUUCGCAUCACCUUGUAUAGAGCAAAAUACGGCGAAAUCUACGAAUGUGUCUGUAUUGUUGGAGAUCUAUUGCAAGUUUCCUCCGUAUCACUUCUGCCGACGGAAUGGACCCAGUCUCGCCCCGACACCAUCUCAGAAUGCACUCUUUUCAUCUCUGCUUCCACAGUCCCUGCUGAUGGCGAAGAAGAGAACUGCGAACUCGACAACGUUAGCAGCAUGGUGUCUGAGCAUGAUGAUGCUCCCUCCGAAUUGCAAUCCCCCGCGAGUUCAUGGGAGGUUGCUUUUCGUGGACUCUCCUCUUUUAGAGAAAUCACAUAUCGAGCAAAUAUUGCGAUUGACGAUAUGUAUUGGACCCAGCAUCGGAUCUACACAGCAUACCAGACAUGUCGUACUCGACCAUCUGAUCAUCCGCAAAUCGACAGCCUACUUAAAAUCUUGACGACGGCUGUGAAUACCUGUGUACAGGUGCAAGCCACGCGUGUCCUGCAGAGGAAAGAUUGUGUUGUGAAAAUAUCCGGAGAAUUAUACGGGCUAGCAUCUGUCAUGGAUGGUAUUGCCGAAUAUCCUGCCUUCGACCACACCAAAUAUCGCAAAGAAGAGCUUGCGAGACUCGUCCUAAUCCUCGUCACACCGGACCCACCCCCCGGAGCCACUAGCACUUCCACCGACGGCGAUUGGGCUGCACUCUACGGAACGAUCGCCAAGGACGCAAUCCUCUUCACCUUGGAGGGCAUCGUACAGUCGUCCGACGCCUUUCCGCCGCUGAAGAGUGCGGCAAGCGGGCUACUCUUCUUCGCGACGUCAGCGGAUAUGGCGUCGAGUAACAAGAAGCACAUCCGCGACAUCAACAAACGCGUCAACGGCCUGGCCGCCUCGCUCAAACGCGGGGCUGCGGAAGGCAGCAUGCUCGCGCCGGCGCAUCAAGAGGCCAUCAGCGCUCUCGCCGCAGAUAUAUUUGCGCUGAAAGAAGACCUUGAAUCCAUCGUCCGCGAACGCAAGAGCCGCUUCAGGCGCUUCUUCAGCGCGAAGCGCCAUCGUGAAGACCUCCAGGACAUCGUCUGGCAGUUGGACAACGCUCGCUCGAACUACACCACGGCGGUCGCCACGCUCAACGCGACGACGAACGCGCAGGUGUUGGCUUAUGUGCGGCCCAUGGCGCUCGUCAUGGGCAUAAGCCCGGUAUAUGCGCCUGGUACGCGCCCAGUUGAUGCGGCUUCAAUCCCGUUCGGGUCGUCUCGGAUCGAAGAGGUCUCGUCAGUUUAG